UGUCUGCUCAAAGCACCAUGAUCAGAGCAAAUAUCAGGGCCGCAAAACGGAACGUAAUCAAAAGUGCGUCUGACAUAGUUAUAACACCUAAAAAAAGAAGACAGAAGUCGGUGCCUGCCAUAAAACUAAACCAAGAAAAACAAAAAAACAAACAAACAAAGCAUAUCAAAAACGAGAAUACCACAACUAUCCAGCAUGGGAUAGUUCUAAAUAAGAUGUACAAUAUCCAGAAGGAAGAAAUAGGAAAGUCUAGUGUUUCGAAGAAAGAUAAAAAGCCCAAAAGGAGUCAUAAGAAACACAUUAGCCAUCCCAAUAACGUAUACACACAAGAACAUAUGAAAAUUACACCAAAAAGAGACCAAGACAAACCAAAGAAACCAAUAGGCAAACAGAGAAGCAGUGCAGUAGACCAAACUAAAGUACAUAGUAAAAGUGUCGAAACAACCAUCAAUAAGCGAAAACAUUACUUAGAUAAAAAUAAAAAUUUUGAAAAACUUAAUAGGAAAUCCAACUAUGAAAAUCAAGACCCAAAUUCUGAUACGAAAAAUUACAUUUUAUCUAUAGCGAAGAGAUGUAAUAAUGACAACAAAGAUUUAAAGAAGAAGAGUUUCCCAAGAACAACACAAACUAGUACCGAAAGUUUCAGUAGUAACACGAGUACUAAGAACAAAUAUACAAAGACAAUAAAAUAUAGACUCAGAAAACAACUAUGGCACUGGGCGAAGAAUUCCAUCAAACGAAACAAACAUUGGACUAAGUUCCUUGCUGAUAAUAAUAUAAGAUUAGAAGAUAUAGACCUAGACAAAUUAGACCUGAGUCUCAUAGAUGUGGACGCACUGGGCAUCGAGAAUAAAUUACUUAAGCAUACUAUACUCUGGUUAUUUAAAUAA